AUGGUGAUUACACGUAGUAACAACGGAGAAUCAUCGAAGCGUCGCAAGGAUGAACAGAUAACCCAGGGGGCCACAGAAGAGGCCUCCGGGGGCGACUCAACCGCUAGUGGUACAUCCAACACCACGAGCGAAACCACAACGGUCAGCGAUACAACCGCUACCUCUGCGACCGAUAACACGGCCGCAACGGAAGAAACCCAGCAAGAAAAGGAUCGAAGAUCGCAGCGCACAUUAAAGCCCGACGAAACUAGGUCGCCCCGCUCCGUAGCCUCACGCAAGAGACUCCUCGCGGAGUUAGAGGCGAAAGAGCGGUUAGCCAAACUCAAGCUCGAGCAAGCUCAGUUGCAAGCAAGAACGGAAUUGCAAGAAAUACACGUGCAGCGAUUACAAGCAGAAGUCGGAUCAACCGAUGACGAAGAUGAAGAAAUAGAAGACGAUUUAGCAUCAGUGCGCAUUACAAACGGUAAAAGCAGUCGAUCACGUCCACAAAGAAGCGGGAUUCGUACUCAGCGGGUGGACAUCGAACGAAGAGAAAACAAUAGAAGAAAUAACGACAGAACAUAA